AUGUUGGCUCCAACAACUUCUAGCAAAAAAGAUGUCUUCGAGGUUGAAAAAAGUGAGUCUCAAAGCUCAGAAGCCGAGUAUCCAAAUGUGCCAGAGAGCAACGCUUCAUUAAAUUCCCAGCCGAUAACGCCCAAGUCUUUUGGUAUCAGAAAAUCUGAGCUUGAACUUGCUCAAAUGAAAAGUCGCUGGCACCGUCUCUUCUACUUCUUUGCCAUCUUUCUUGGAAUGUUCAUCAUGGUGACGGAGCAAUUUGCAACCAAUGUCUUCGUGGGCUAUGCAACGAACUCUUAUAAGCAACACUCACUUAUGUCCACUGUCACUACUAUAGGCCAGGUUGCCAUGGCAGCAUCGUUGCCUUUCUUUGCUAGAGCUUCGGAUGUGUUUGGUCGCCUUGAGUUGUUCGUUGUAGCCUUGAUAAUUAAGACAAUGGGUACCAUAAUCCAAUCCCAGGCAGUGGAUAUACAAAAGUAUGCUGCAGGCACGGUUUUCUACUCAAUUGGGAGCUCGGGUAUGGUACUAGUCUGGCAGGUCAGCAUUGGAGAUGCCUCUACCUUGAGGUGGAGAUUUGCUGCUCUUUCGGCAUUGUGUAUGACAUCUGUGGUCACCACUUGGUCAAUUGGAGAAAUAACAUCUUCCAUAUUGAGAGCACACUCCUGGAGGUUUGGUAUUGCUCUCUGGGCGUUUACCACCCCUUUGGCAUGUUUGCCGUACAUGUUGACAUAUCUUCAUCUUAUUUGGAAGUCGAGGAAAACAGAUACAUGGAAGGUUAUCUCGAAGGAGCGAAAGGAGGCCUUUCUUAGCGGUAGUGCUACAGCAACCAGAUUUCACCAAGAGGCACUCUCGUCUGAGUCCAUCUUCCGCAAACUAUGGGCCAACACCAAGUUGAUAUCAAUCAAAAUCGUCAAAAGGUUGCAAAUUAUUUUGUGGGACAUGGACCUUAUUGGUUGCCUUUUGAUAGGCCUCAUUCUAGGACUCUUCUUGGUACCCUUGACACUCGCUGGUGGUGUGAACUCCAAAUGGAGACAAGCUUCUACUAUUGUGCCCUUAGUGAUGGGUUUUGUUGCUGUUCCUAUCUUCAUCGUUUGGGAAAGUAAGCUAACCAAAAGACCCUUGCUUCCAUUUCAACUUAUGAAGGACAGAGGCGUGUGGGGUGCUUUUGGAGUCAGUCUCUUUAGUACGCUUAUUUCUUCCACUCCAGGCAGUUAUGCCUAUCCUGUUCUACUUGUGGGCAUGAAUGCAUCUGUCACUGUCGCCACCAGAACUCCGACCUUAAACACGUUUGUUGAAGGCCUCACUGUUCCCAUAGUUGGGCUUCUUCUCACUAAAGUAAGGAGAACCAAAGCUUUCAUUGUACUUGGAGACUUUGUUAUGCUUAUUGCUAUGGGCCUAUUUGUUCAUUUCCGGGGAUCAAGCGAUGGGUCCAAUGGUAAGUAUUAUCGUGAUGGAGUAGCCGCAGCUAUGUGUAUUUCUGGAGUUGCUCAGGCAAUGUUCUACAGACUCACCACCACCUCGCUCCAGGCAUGCACUAAUCAUGAAUACAUGGGCCCUGUGACAGCCAUAUUUGGUACCUUCAUCACCAUUGGAUCAGCCUUUGGGAGAUGUAUUUCAGGAGCCAUAUGGACACAAACAAUGUAUGCGGCCAUUCGUGAAGAGAUGAUCAAAUUAGAUGUUGAUCCUUCUCUUGCUACACCUGCUUAUGCAUCGCCAUAUGAUUUUAUUGAAGACUACCCGUGGGGUUCGGAGCCUAGAAGGGCUGUUAGUAUGGCGUAUGCGUCUAUUCAGAGGAAGCUCUGUAUUGUGGCCAUUUGUCUCUGUGUUCCGAUCCUCUUCUUUAUAAUGCUGUUGCGGGACCAUCGUUUAGUCGAUUCUCAAAACUUGGAUGACCACAAAUCUGGCUCUGAGGAUCCUGAAAAAGCGGUCAAGAUUGCUGAGCGUGAAAAGUCCCAAAUUGUUUUCAAGGACGAUGACGAUCAUAUACUAAACUGGCUCAAGAAAAUCUUUGGCUUGAGAAGGAAGGGAUCGAAGUUCAAUUCCUAA